AUGGUACCUCCUACCAGUGACGACCUUUUCCGGUGCUUUCGCUCAGAAACCGUUUCCUCCGAACUUAGAUCUUUUACGAUGUUGAGAGUGAGCGAAUGCGAUGUUCAAAAAUUGAAGAAUUUUAAGGUAUACAAAAAGGGUGGGAAGACCAUUGUCUUUACUCAAACAAAAAGGGAUGCAGAUGAGGUCUCAUUGAUUUGA